AUGCGCAGGAAAUACGCGCAGCCCGUCCUGCCUACCCUGUAUUUCAAGGAUGGAAACCUCUCGAUUCCGGGGUAUACUUUUGAGAAGGCGGUCCUGUGGGAUGAUACUGGCAGCAUGACCAUGCUCGUGGAGGGCACAAGCUUGAAGGACGGAGCUAGUGUCUUGGCCAAGAUCGUCCCCGCCCAUUCCAAUGCAUCCAUGCUCCUCGAGCGCGAGGCUCAUAUUCUUGAGCGCAUGGCGACAACCCCCGAGUCGUCAAGUACAACGUUACGGAUGAUUGAUUUUUUCUCCAUCCCGCGCGUCAAUGGCGAUUGUGUCGUGCUUCUUCUGAAUCACCCAGGUCUCAACGUUCUAGGACGUUAUUUUCCAUCCCACAAAGUCAAUGACCUACUGCUCGGCGACAUCUCGCGCGUGCGACCAGCACCAUCGCACACAGAUAUACUUAUGAUGGGUACGGAGGAGCCGUAUACCGUGGAGGAAAUGGAAGCCAUAGAAAUUAUGGAUUUGGCGUCGUUCCUUGAAUUUGCUAUCCAAGCAACACAUUGUCUCGAGAUGAUGCACAGAAUCGGGUUGAUACAUCGUGAAGGCGAGUUGUGUAUCCACCACAUCCCAGAGCCAGUACGCGCUAAUGCGUUCCAUCUCAAUGCCCACAGCGGCCUCGUGCGCAUAGUGCAUUUCGGCAAUCGCGCGGUCUCGUUAGAGCAAUUUGGCGUGCCGUCCGCAUUUGUUCUCCGUGCAGACGCCUUCGAGGAGGUCAAGAAGCUCAAGGUUAAAGAGGCGCUCUGUUAUCUUGCGCCUGAACAGACCGGAGGCAUGGAGGCGUUGAACGAGGACCACAGAACAGAUCUAUAUUCGCUCGGAAUUAUGUUCUGGACGUUACUUGUUGGCCGAGGGACCAUGCCGUUUGAAGGCGGACCUUUGGAGCUACUGCACGCUAUCGUGCAGAAGCGUCCGAUGCCCGUGCAUGAAGUCCGCAGGGACAUACCACAAGUACUAGCCCUCAUAAUCGACAAGCUCUUAAUGAAGAAUCCUGACGCUCGAUAUCAGAGUGCAUACGGGCUAAAGGCAGAUCUUCUUCAAUGUCAGAGACUGCUUCUGAGAGCAGUGACAAUAUCUUCGGAUCAAUCGACGGAAGAAUUCACGAUUCCCAGCCCAUUGUUCGGACGUGAGAAGGAGCUCGAAACAAUACGAAACAUCAUCCGUCAUACGUCCACAUCGUACUCGCGUCACAUUGGCUCCCCGCACGGCUCGAUCGUCGUUAGCUCUUCGGAUAGCGCAGGCGCAACGAACGAUGAUCCAAGCGACUCGCGCUCCUCAAGCGACGCUUCCAUGCAGACGCCGAUGUCGACGACAGGUGAUGGCUUCAGUCCACGACUAUCUUCAUUGAAAGCAUCAGAGGCAUCGGUGACGACGAUGAGCAUGAGCCCUGGAGUGUCCGGCAGCGAUGGGCUUAGAAGAGUGGCGUUGGCGCCAUCGUCGGGUCGGGCUAGGACGCAUGCAGUCAUCGUACUCGGGCCGCCAGGAGCUGGCAAGAGUUCUCUCAUCCUUGCGAAUCAAGCGAAGUGGAGAUCGCACGGGUUGUGGGGCCAGGCGAGAUUUUCCGACGUAGAGGCGGCACCUUUCGCAUCAUUGCGGCAGCUGGGUCCUCAGCUGCGGAACGUGCCACUGCUCUACGAAGGUGCACCUGAGCUGCGCGACAUCUUGAGCCUCUUCGACAUCUUUAUCGAGGCGCCCCAGGAGGUGCUGGAGACUCACGAGCUACGCGCGCGUUUCCAGAGUCUCUUCAAAAGCGUGUUUCAAGUGUUAUCUGAGACACGUUUGUUCGCGUUGCUCUUGGACGAUCUGCACGAUGCGAGCGACUCGUCAUUGGAUCUGAUCAACGCGCUUGUCAACUCCCGAACUCGCAUCCUCGUCUUUGCCACUGUGCGUUCAGACAAGCCUGAGAUGGUUGACAAGAUCCGCGCGACGUUCACAAGCCGCUCCACCACAUGGGUCAAUCUAGAGCCACUGACGUACUCCGCAAUAUCCACGUUGGUCGCGCGAACCCUCCGUCGACCAAAGGAGGAGUGCGCGAGCUUGUCGCGACUAGUCCUUGUAGCGUCUCUCGGCAACGCAUUCUCUGCGAGAAACAUCCUUAUGACCCUACAAAGACAGCAUCAUAUCACGUUCAACUGGGACAAAAACCAUUGGGAGUACGAUAUAUCCACCAUCGAACCGAGCUUUCACGACAAGAAGAUCAUUGCGGACCCGAGUGAUCUGUCCUACCUGAUCAACCAUUUCCGAGAGCUGCCGGAAGACGCCAGGAAGUACCUCAUCUGGGCGUCGUUUUUUGGACCAACCUUCAAGAUCGCGGAGGUUGCUCUCAUGAUGGAUUGGGAAGACACAAGCCUGAGUAGUAGCAGUAGCAGCGAAGAGGAGCAUGACGAUAUGUGGGACGUUUCGAAGGCGGUGUCGACCAUCAGUGACAACGUGCAUUCCUCGACCAGCAGGCGGUCCAUUCGCGGCCUUCAGAAUGCGAUCGCAGAGGGCUGGCUUGUUCAGCGCGCUCGAGAUAUGUGCAGCUUCGCCCACGAUCGCUAUCGUCAAGCAGCUCAGGCAGAGCUGGAAGACAUCCCAGAGGACGCAGUAUCUAAGAUGUCUUUCAGAAUUAUUCUGAUGAUGUUUCACGAGGCUACGCCUGAUGUGUAUCGUAUAGCAGAGCAUGCGAAGAGGUGUCUGCCUCUCCUGCGGGAGCAUGCAAAACGCGACGAGCUCCUAGAGCUGUCAAUAGAUGCCGGUGACUCUGCUAGAGCACGUGGCGCGCAUGAGUUGGCUCUGCAAUCGUACAUCAACGCCCAAUCAUUACUUGAUAACCAAUCCUGGGUGAACGAUCCUCAGAGGACUUGCUCGCUCUAUCUGAAGCUCGCUGAGCUGUACACAUGGAAAGGUGCAUUCGCGCAAUCCGACGAGCUGGUGUUACAGUGCCUGGAGCAUGCAGAUGACAUCGAGAGCAAGGUCAGGAUGUUACGUCUUCGGUCAAAGAAUCACUGGAUGCGCGGCAAUUACAAGGCCGCUCUCAGUGACACUCUUACUGGACUGCACCUCCUCGGUGUAGACGUGAACUCUGCACCGAGCAGACGUGAGGCAGAUGUUAUGUUCGAGCAAGUCAAGAACGAGAUCCUCGCUGUUGGCUUCGACGAGAUACUGUCCAUCCCUCGCGCGCGAGACUCUCGAACUGAUCUUGCUAUCGCGUUGCUGAAUGACGCCGGUCACAAUGCAUAUUGGAGCACUGGCGAAGGGUUCUCAGAUGUCAUCGGGCUUACUACGGUGCAAUUGGCCUUACGCUCGGGAAUGUGUCCUGGGACUGCCCUCGGAUUCUUCUGGGCGCUCGGAGGCUUCUCAGCGGCAGCCGAACGAAGGGAGUUGUAUCGAUUCUCUGCAGACUUGGGGAGACUCGCGUUGCGUAUAGCCGACGAAUUUGGCACCAGUUACGAGAAAUGUCGCGCACUGGUCUUAUUCUCCUCGAUGGUAUCUGGUUUUGACAACGUGCACAUCCGUGCCAAUCUAGCACGACUAGAGGAAGCAAUGAAGUACGGGCAAAGCGCGGGAGACAAAAUCUUUACGAGUUUUGCCAGCGUCCAUCUGAUGCAGACCCGUUUGUGGAUUUGCGACCAUGUCAGCGAACUUGUCAUUGCAGCCGAGGAGUCCUUGACCGAUGUCUCUCAAUGGGCUCCAAGUGGAGACCUCGGACUUAUCGCGCAAGGAGUUCUGAACUGUGUCCGAGCUAUUGGCGGUUACACCUAUGCAGAUUCUGCCGAGACCGUGUUCGACACUGACACAUUCAAAGAGGCUGAGUAUUUGGCACGUGCAUCGGAAAGCUCGGGUAAUCCCGAAGUGACGAUAACUUGGUGGGUGUACGACUCCUAUAAGGUUGUGAGCUUUUUUUGUCUGGGAUUUGCAAGAGAGGCUGCUUCACUUGGCUUCUCAAUAUAUGAGUCGCGAGAUAAGCAUCCAAACCACAGGCAUACGCGUUAUGCUCUAUUCUUUCACAAUCUAGCCCUCAUUCAAUGUAUCCGUGAAGGGAUUAUAGACGCACAAACUCGCAACCAAUAUUUGAGACAAGUUGAACUUAACCAAGCAUACGUCCGAAAGUGGUUGUCCCCUAGUCCUGUAAACACAAGUGCCUGGGUUGCUCUCGUGGACGCAGAGAUGGCAUCUCUUCUCAAUGGCACAGAGGCAUUCAAGCUCUACGAUGUUGCUGUCAAACUCGCUGUCAAUAAUGACUGGUUGCUGGAAAGCGGCUGGGCGAUGUUCUUGCAAGGGAGUCACUUUGUGCGGUGCGGAGUCGAAGGGCUGGGAAGCGAACUUCAGCGCAGGGGUAUUGCACGCCAGGCUCAGUGGGGGGCGAAGGGUAUAGUGAAUUAUCUAUCUUCCCGUCUGGACACGCGGGCACAUUUUGCUUUGAAAAGGCAUAUUUUUUCUGCAGAUGUUGCGGUGCAAACGGAUGGUGUGGUCAUGACUUCAUCCAGCCCGCGCUCGCCUGGCGUAUAUGAGCGCAAAGCCGAGCAGACCGAAGAGGAUGAAAUCUCGUCUUUAACUGCACCGGACCUCGCAUCAAUACUCAAAUGGAGCAAGGAGAUCUCGAGCGAUAUCAACCUCCCGAUGGCCUUGCAACGAUUGACGGAGAUUGCCACAGGUAGACCUGAAUAUCUGGAUGUCAAGGUCAACAUGCUCACCUUACAUUCAGAAAACUCGGGCAGCCAGUACACAUGCGUUGUUAUUGCCCGAGAGGCUGGCGAUUAUACAGUCGCAACCAGCAAGGCUCCGCCUGAGGCUUGUCAGAUGCAUGAGAAUCCGAUACCUAUCAGGGCAAUUUCAGAUCCAUUACAGAGGGCGAUCAUUCACCACGCUCUGAAUACUAAGGAACGAAUCUACUAUGAAGAUGUUUCUACAGAGCCUCGAUUCUCGUCAGAAGCGCAGCAAAGUGCCUACCGGUCGGUCAUUUGCUUACCUAUCUUCAGCAACCGCGGCCAGACCUUUGGGGCCGUCUAUUUGGCGUCCAAAUAUGCGUUCUCGCCGAAUACAGUCGCUAUCCUUACUUUACUCUGCCAGCAAGCCAGUAUUGGAAUUGCAAAUGCGCUUCUUUUUCGUUCCGUUCAAGCGGGAACGCGUGAGAAUUUGAAGAUGAUCGCUGCUCAGAGGGACGCCCUAGAGGCUGCUCGGAAGAGUAGAGAGGAUGCUCUGAAGGCAACGAAGAUCAAGAGCAACUUUCUCGCCUCUAUGAGUCAUGAGCUUCGAACACCCUUUAGUUCGUUUUAUGGGCUCCUCGAUAUUCUAAGUGGAACGGAACUCAAUCCUGGCCAAAGCGAGAUAGUGCAAACUGCGAAGCAAUCGUGCGAGCUUCUGCUCAAGAUAAUCGACUCCAUUCUGGACUACAGCAAGUUGGAGGCGUCCGGUUUUGCGAUGGAGAACAUGAUUGCAGAUUGCAUGGAACUUUUAUUGCCGAUGGCUGCCAAGAAGCUAGAUUUGUCAUACAAUAUUGAGCCAGACGUUCCGCCUUGGGUCAAAGCGGACUAUGCAAGAAUCCGGCAGGGUGAGAUCUCUUCACGUCUAAAGGGAUGUGUCGUUGAUGGCAUACGAACAGUCCUGAUGAAUCUCAUUGGCAAUGCUGUCAAGUUCACCGCAUACGGGUCGGUUCGUGUCAUUUGCUCGGUCGACAAGUCAACUCCUACUCCUCCCGGAGAAGCCAACUUGAAAUUUGUUAUUCAGGAUACGGGUAUCGGUUUGAGCUCUAGACGUUUCGGCGGAACAGGACUGGGUCUAUCUAUUUCUCGUCAAUUAGUCAAGCUCAUGGGUGGCGCAAUCGGCGUGCAGUCGGAGCUCGGUGUCGGAUCCGUAUUCUGGUUUACGCUCCCUGCCCUCGAGGAGAUCAGUCGUUUGAAGGCACUGUUAACAAACCCUCAUCCCCCUCGACUGCUCCCCCCACUUGCGCCGCUUAUGAGUCUAUCGGCGAUCAAGGAGGAAGAGGCAUUAGCACGUCGAAGCUUGUAUGGAAACGUGCUCGUGGCGGAAGAUAACCCAGUCGCUCAGAAGCUCCUGAUAGCACAGUUACAACGUUACCAGAUCAACGUUGUUGCUACAUCCAAUGGGGAAGAGGCAAUAGCUGAAUGGGAGAAGCAUGAACCAGGCUAUUUCAGUGUCGCACUCUUCGAUCAUCAUAUGCCAAUAUGCGACGGCGUCGAAGCAUCUAAGCGACUGCGAAUCAUGGAGAACAAGCGCAGAGUCCCGAUGGUAUUACCAAUCAUAGCACUCAGUGCUGACUGUCAGGAAUCGACAAAGCAGCUGUGCCUAAGCGCAGGUAUGAACGCUUUCUUCAGCAAGCCCCUCAAAAAAGGCGACUUGUUGACGCUACUUUCUUCAUUUGGCGAGUCCCUCGCGAGAACGAAUCCGGACCCCGAGACUCCAUCUCCGCCCCCAUAG